AGAGCGGCGACGAGGGGACGACUGCGUUUGCGGGAUCUCCCGGCGGCCCAGAGUCGCACACACAGACCAGGCCUCUAACCACUCCCUGGGAGCCUGCGUGCCAGCAGCCUGAAACCCAGAGCCUCUCCCGGAGCCUGCACAAUCAAUCCAGACUGAAGCCGAUGUCUUCUAGAGAGACGGACGUGCAAUCCAGCCAGGGCGCAGCUGCAUUUUGAGAGGCCUGAAUGCCUCCGCGUACACCAGGGGACCGCUGGGACUAAUUCUCUUGGCAAACUUGUGGCCAGCCCAAACUGCCAUGUUUCACAUCCCAGUUAUCCUUGGUUACCGCCCAAGAUGAGAUUGUUGAAAACUUUAUAUUUGAUUCCUGAAAGGACUCAAUGGCUUACAGAAGAAAUGAAAUGUGGUCUGAGGGACGGUAUGACUAUGACAGACUUCCAAGAGAACGCGUACCUCCUCGAAGUCACCCCAGUGAUGGCUACCAUAGAGUAGUUAAUAUUGUGCCAAAGAAACCACCACUACUAGACAGACCUGGUGAAGGAAGCUACAAUAGAUAUUACAGUCAUGUUGAUUACCGAGACUAUGACGAGGGCCGCAGUUUUUCUCAUGAUCGAAGAAGUGGUCCACCUCACAGAGGAGAUGAAUCUGGCUAUAGGUGGACAAGAGAUGAUCAUUCUGCAGGCCGACAGCCUGAAUACAGGGACAUGAGAGAUGGCUUUAGAAGAAAAGGUUUCUACUCUUCCCAUUAUGUGAGAGACCGGUCUCCUCAUAAAAGAGACACACCGUUUUUCAGAGAAUCACCUGUAGGCCGAAAGGAAUCUCCACACAGCAGAUCUGGCUCCAGUGUCAGUAGUAGAAGCUACUCUCCAGAAAGAAGCAAAACGUAUUCUUUCCAUCAAUCUCAACACAGAAAGUCCGUGCGUGCUGGUGCCUCCUACAAACGGCAGAAUCAAGGAAAGCCAGAAAGAGGUAAAGAGAGACCUGUUCAGUCUUUGAAAACAUCAAGAGACACUUCACCCUCAAGUUCUUCAGCAGUUCCUUCAUCAAAGGUGUUAGACAAACCCAGUAGGCUAACUGAAAAGGAACUUGCUGAGGCUGCAAGCAAGUGGGCUGCUGAAAAGCUAGAGAAGGCGGAUGAGAGUAACUUACCUGAAAUUUCUGAGUAUGAGGCGGGAUCCACGGCACCACUGUUCAUUGACCAGACAGAAGAACCUGAGUCAAAUGCAACAGAUGGCAUAGAAUUAUUUGAAGACAGUCAGCUAACCAGUCGCUCUAAAGCUAUAGCAUCAAAAACCAAAGAGAUUGAACAGGUUUACCGACAAGACUGUGAAACUUUCGGGAUGGUUGUGAAAAUGCUGAUUGAAAAGGAUCCUUCACUAGAAAAGUCUAUCCAGUUUGCACUGAGACAGAAUUUACAUGAAAUAGGUGAGCGCUGUGUUGAAGAGCUCAAGCAUUUCAUUGCAGAGUAUGACACCUCUAGUCAGGAUUUUGGAGAGCCUUUUUAGACUAUUACUUGCUCAGGCAAAAAAAAUGUUUCUAGAUUUUUUUUUCCUGGAUUGUGUAAAUCCUUAAUAUAUGGAAUUUUGCGAUGAAGAGAAAUACUUUAUGAUAGUUGACCACAUUUCCAAUAUCAAAUAAACAUCUAAAAUAGUCUAAGAUAUUUUAAUUAGAUUUUUUAUCUACACAUAGAGCCUCCUAAUCCAUACUUACCUCCCUCUCUCCUAAAAUGAUGGGUCAGUUAAUUUUUCAAGCUUUGAAAAGGCAGUCCUGAAGAACAGCUUUCUGUACUUACUCAUGUUCUGUAGUCUUCCAUAGUAUAUGAUCAUUUGUUUGGUCAUGUUAGUGUAAUUUAUAGGUUAGAGAUCAUUUCAUGUAAACAUUAAUAGUCUUUUUACAUUUCAUAGUCAAUGAUACCAUGUGAAAAUGUUAGAAUUCUGAGUUGUGAUUUUAUUGACUUGUUGCUUGCUUAUCUUAGGCCUUGUAACUUUUAGUAUGUUUAAAUAUAAUAUCUAAAUAAACUGAAUACUUUGUUAUCUUAGAGAAUAGUUGCUUUGAGAAUAAUUCUCAUUGUGAUAACAUAGAGCACUUACAUCUCUUAAAGGCCCUCACAAUAAAAUGCUGUUUUCCAAGUAAA